GCAAUAAGCAAGCGUCCACAUCUUUUACAUCUAGCUGAUAUCUGAGACUCUGCACCUUCUAUUCUCUUCUCUUUUCUCUUCUCCGAUACAGACAUGGGUUCGGCCUCUAGUAGACAUGGGUCUCGCCCUUCUAGUCCCAGGGUCAACCGCUUCAGACUAUCCUCUCUUCUCUGUGGCACCUCCACCUCCCGUUCUACUUAUCAGAUGGAAGAACAUCCAUCUGAUCUUCAGGUAAAUUCGGCAAGAGAUUUUGAUGAUGGAAUUCGGAAAGUCACUGAGGAGUCAUCUUUAGCAAGUAGAGAAGAUAGAAUUAGCUGCAGUCCUCAUGCUGAAACUGUAACUUUACCUGAUAUGAGAACUGAGUUCUACGGGAAUACCAAUGUUGAAGGUUCUUCCAGAAAUGUUGCAACAAGUAGUCAGAGGAAGUGCUUGUCUGAAUGUAAGGAGCUAGUCCCUCAUCAGGUAAGUGCCGGUCAUAGUCGUCAUGAAUCAUAUAGUCAUAGUAGCAACACAGCUAGUACUUCAUUUGUAGAACAGCGGUCUUCAGAUCCAGUCUCUGUUAAUGUUUCUGCUAACAAGGAUGCAGUCAAUAAUGUUGAUGAUCCAGUGGUUAGUGGUGUCUCUCAAAUCUCUUGCGAGACAAUGCAUCCAAGGAGUCCAAUCCCUCAAGAGCAUGGAAAUUCCAGUUCUGGUGAAAUUUCUGUUGAGAAUCAUACUGGUGCAUUCAUAUCUAUCCAGAGUUCUUCUUCGAAUCCUGUUGCUCAAGUUCCCAAUUUAACACCAACUUCUCGAUUGCCAGAAAACGAACCUCGUCGCGAGACAAUACCUUCAGGGUUAGGUAUUCUUGUGUCCAAUCGGGAAAGAGGUCAAAAUGACAGCGUGCUUCAAGUUGAUGUGGUCACAAUAUCUUCCAACAUUUUGUCUGCCAGCAAUGCUGAUUCCAAUGAUCAUGAUGCCAGAAGGAAUGGUAGGAGAUUAUUUUGGGAUGCUUUUUCACGACGUAGUUCUAGAAGGCUAGGUGAUUCUCCAACCAUUGUCUUCUCCACUGGAGGUGCUGAUGACCCAGGAUCUCAAGAUCGAUGGCUUGUUGAUUUUGGUGGUGAUUUCUCAAAUGAUGGGGUUGGAAGUGCUUCUGGGUAUAUGGGCAGCAGAUUUCACAGAUUGCAUGAACGAAUGCAACACUCAAGAUCUGAGAUCUGGGAAAGGCUUCGUGGUAGCUUUGAUGAGAUUGGUAGGUGGAAUUCUUCCUGUCCAUUAGGACUCCAUGCAGAUGGUAUGUGCUCAUGCGAGUCUUUCCCCAUGGCUGAGGAAUCUAGCACUCAAGCAAGUAUUUCAAGAAUAGUCAUGCUGGCUGAGGCUCUGUUUGAGGUCUUAGAUGAAAUCCAUCGUCAACCUGGAUCACUUUCCCUAUCCAUGGUCUCUUUCCCGGCACCUGAAUCAAUUGUUGACUCUUUGCCUCUAAAGUCUCACAAAAAGGUUGAUGUAGCUGAUGGAGGCAAUGAUGCUGAUGAACAAUGUUACAUAUGCCUGGCGGAGUAUGAAGAAGGGGACCAAAUACGAGUUCUUCCUUGCAACCAUGAGUAUCACAUGUCUUGUGUCGAUAAGUGGCUUAAAGAAAUACAUGGUGUAUGUCCUCUGUGUCGUGGCAAUGUUUGUGGAGGGUUCACGGAGUCUUCCGCCGACUCAGAAGUGCAGUCUCAUUGAUCUUGUAUAUAUGAAGUGCAGUUUGUAAAUAUUAAAUACACAUAAAAAUGGUUCAAAUCAUUGUCACCCGAAAACUUCAGGAAAGGAUUAUUUUGAUGUCAUUUUAAAUAUUUAAAGGAUUAAUUUUAUAUCACAAACAUUUGAAA